CCUCUCCAUUCUUUUGCAACCCCAAAACAGAAAAGUUCCCAAAACUUUCUCCAUUUCUUAUCACCUUUUCUCUUUUUCUCAAAAAAAUGGCUUCCAAAAUGAACUCAUUUGCUCUUUUUUGCCUUGUUUUAAUGUGGGCUUUUUCCUCUACGACUGUAGAUUCAGCAUCUCGCCAGGCAGCGCCUGCUCCAGCGGUGGACUGCAACAACUUGGUACUCAACUUGGCUGACUGUUUGUCAUUUGUUACAAAUGGUAGUACAGAGAAGAAGCCACAAGGCACUUGCUGUUCAGGCCUGAAAAUGGUGUUGAAAACAGACGCUGAGUGUCUCUGUGAGGGUUUCAAAAACAGCGCUCAGUUGGGUGUUGUUCUGAAUGUCACUAAGGCUAUGGCUCUUCCUGCUGCUUGCCAUGUCUCUGCUCCUUCUGUUAGCAACUGUGGAUUGAGUACUGACACUGGAGCUGCCCCUGCUCUUUCUCCAAUUGCUGUAUCACCUACCACGUCAGCGGCAGUUGCUCCAACCACUGCCGAAGGUGCUAGUGAAGUUGCUCCGGCACCAGCUCCAGGAAGCUCCGAUUCUACUACACUUGGUCUAUCCAUUGGUCAAGUGGUUCUGACCGUAAUGGCUGUAGCUUUCUUUUGGUUCUAAACAUAUUCUAGGAUUGUGGUUUUUGCUGGUUCUAAGCACAUUUUAGGGUUGCGUUUUGCGGGGAAACAGCGGAGAUAUUGUUGUGGUGUUUUGUUAUUGAACCUUGCUAUUGGGUGCAGUCUAAUUCUAUUAGUAGAGGUAGGCAAUUUAUGAGACCAGCGUAAAUAGUGAUGACACUGCAGUGUCACUUGUUUUUGUUAUGAGUUUUUUAUUUGGAUGAUUUCUCCUACUUUUAUUUU